CAGUGAUUGUGUUCAUAGUUGUAGAAAUAGUGAUUAAAACUUUAAAAGUCGAUUACGUUUUGUUCAAAAUUCUUUAAGGAAAGAAAGAAAAUUUUCUAAAACUGAUUUUUCCUGAAAACAAAAACUCCUAACAAGAAAUUGAAUCAUAAUAUAAUGAUAAAUGAAAAACCGGUAGCCGUUGUAAAAUAUGUUGAAAUGCCUAUAGAUAUGCAACAGGAUGCUGUUGAUAUCUGUUAUCAAGGUAUAGAGAAAUUUACUGAAGAAUGUGAAAUUGCAUCAUAUCUUAAGAAAGAAUUUGAUCUUAAAUAUGGACCUAAUUGGCAUUGUGUUGUUGGUAAAUCAUUCGGCAGUUACGUCUCACACGAAGAAAACGGUUUCAUAUUCUUCCAUUUAAAAGGAUACUGUGCUAUGCUAUUCAAAGCCAGUUAAAAUUUGUUGACCUUCAUCUUCGGACGUUUAUUUGAACACACACAUGCACACAUACAUGUAAUUCUUCAAACUUGCAGAUGUAUUGUAGAUCAUUUUGCCAUUUUGUUUCAAAUUAACACUUUUUUUCUUCUUCAAUAAACAUCAUUAUUUACAGA